AUGGGCUCUGCGCGGCAGGGCCUUGGCGGAUUCUCCUGGAAGGUCUUCCUGUCCUAUGCACUCGACUGGAUCGUCUUGGUGGCCUUGGGUAUAGUCGGUUACGUCCUGGGGAAAAUCUCGCCCAACAAGCGACCCUUCUCCCUGAACGACCCCGACAUCUCUUUUCCCCUGCGCGAUGAAACAGUACCCGUAUGGCUCCUCGUCAUUCUAAUGGGCGCCGUCCCCAUCGUCCUCAUCUUCAUCGUCUGCCUCAUCUUCAUCCCCGGCGCCACCGUCCCGCGCAACACGCCAAAGACGCUCAUAUGGAAGCGUAAGCUGUGGGAGUUGCACGUCGGCUGGCUGGGUCUGGCGCUCAGCGUCAUCUGGGCCUUCUUCUUCACGUCAGCCAUGAAGAACCUCUUUGGAAAGCCGCGACCCGACCUCCUGUCGCGCUGCGACCCCGACUACCAGAAUGCGGCCAACUACAUUGUUGGCGGGUUCAAGGGCGAGAACACCCUCGGAGUGUUGUAUUCCGCGUCGAUCUGCCAGACCACUGACAACGCCGCGCUCGACGAGGGCUUUCGAAGCUACCCGAGCGGCCACUCGUCGACCUCCGCCGCUGGUCUGGUGUACCUCACCCUCUUUCUCGCCUCCAAGUUCGCCGUCACCAUCCCCUACAUUGUCCCGGGCUCCUCGUCCAGCACCGCCACGCGCGCCGCCUUCCCCUCGCGCCUGCCACGCCAUGGCAACUCGAUGGAACAGGAUGAACAGUCUGCUUCGUCGCCGCUCAACGCCAAGGGCACUGCGCUCACGGCGCGCCACAAUGCCAAGCUGCACUCCGUCCGCCGUCAAGCAGCCGCACCGCCAAUCUACCUUUUGGCUCUGACCCUUACACCGUUUGCGCUGUCCAUCUUCAUCUCUGCGUCGAGGUGGUGGGACUUCCGUCAUCAUGGCUUCGACAUUUUGUUUGGAUAUCUCAUGGGACUGUUUACCGCCAUCUACUCCUUCCGGUACUACCACCUCCCUAUUCAGGAGGGGGCUGGAUGGGCCUGGGGGCCAAGAAGCAGUGACCGAGCCUUUUGGGCUGGCGUGGGACGUGUGGGGUACUCUGGCGUUGAUGAGGAGGAUACACCUUCUCCAGUGGACGCGCUGCACAAGAGGAACGCCGAGUCGAACGAUGUUGAGCUCGGACGGCCUCAAGGCUCUGGCGCUGGCCAUUUGACACAGCGUCCUGGCAACGGUGGCUAUGCCAAUGAGUACGAUCAGCACGGCGGAGGCUAUGGCUACAGCAACGGCCAGCAGCGCUUCGACGAUGUCGAGAUGGACAGGAUGGAUCACGGCACGGCGAACAGGAUCUAA